AUGGCGGCUCCCUUAGAUGAUGAUAUUGAGUCUAACAAUCAGGACUUCUAUUCACUGCUCAACGUUAGGAAAGAGGCCACAGCUGAGGAGCUAAAGGCAUCAUAUCGGAGGCUAUGUAUGCUCUACCAUCCAGACAAACACAGAGACCCAGAGCUGAAAAGACAAGCUGAGCAACUUUUCAACCAGGUUCACCAAGCUUAUGAAGUGCUGAGUGAUGCUCAUUCCAGAGCUAUCUAUGACAUCUUUGGGAAGAAAGGGCUGGAGGUGGAAGGCUGGGAGGUGGUGGAGAGGAAGAGGACACCGGCAGAAAUUCGAGAGGAAUAUGAAAGGCUACAGAGAGAGAGAGAGGAGAGGAGACUGCAGCAAAGAACAAACCCUAAGGGCACCAUCAGCGUUGGUGUGGAUGCAACGGACCUGUUUGACCGCUAUGAUGAAGACUUUGAAGAGAUGCCAGGAGGAGGCUUUCCUCAUAUUGAAAUCAACAAGAUGCAUAUUUCUCAGUCUAUAGAGGCUCCUUUGACGAACUCUGACACAGCAGUGCUGUCUGGUUCGCUCUCCACGCAUAAUGGGAACGGAGGAGGAAACAUUAACAUGACCGUGCGCAGGGUUAUGUCAGCCAAGGGCUGGGGGGAGGUGGAGUUUGGUGCGGGAGACAUACUGGGACCUCUUAUUGGGUUAAAGGUGUUUCGCAAUGUCACACCACGGUGUUUCAUGACAGCCCAGUGCGGUUUACAGUUCUCACCUCGAGGUUUGCGACCGAGUUGUUCUCUGAUGACAGCGCGGCACCUGGAUCAGAACACCAUGGGUUAUCUUCAGUGGCGCUGGGGGCCCAACAGCGCCAUGACUACCAGCCUCGUCCGAGACACCAAGAGCAGCCACUUUACUCUAGCUCUGCAGCUGGGCGUGGCACACUCCUACCUGAUGAUGAGCUACCAGUACAAGUUCCAGGAUGAAGACCAGACCAAAGUUAAAGGAUCUGUGAAGACAGGCUGGUUUGGCACUGUGGUAGAAUAUGGAGCAGAGAGAAAGAUCAGCCGACACAGUAUACUGUCAGCCACUGUCAGCAUUGGGGUCCCGCAGGGAGUUACACUCAAGAUCAAGCUGGCACGUGCAAAUCAAACAUACCUGUUCCCAGUCCAUCUGACUGAUCAACUGCUGCCCAGCGCCGUCUUCUAUGCCACUGUGGGACCUCUGCUGGUCUACAUGGCCGUCCACAGGCUGAUCGUUAUCCCGUACACACAAGCACAGAAAGAACAAGAGCUGGAGCUGCAGAGGAAGAGCUCUGCCACAGACAUCGCCAAGAAGAAGCAGGAGGCAGAGUCUGCUGUUCUGCUGAUGCAGGAGUCUGUGAGGAGAAUCAUAGAAGCAGAAGAAUCCAAGAUGGGCUUGAUCAUCCUGAAUGCUUGGUAUGGGAAGUUUGUGUCAGACACCAGCCAGAAGCAGGAGAAAGCCAAGGUCAUCGAUGUGACCGUGCCUCUACAGUGCCUCGUCAAAGACUCCAAACUCAUCCUCACUGAGGCCUCUAAGUCAGGGUUGCCCGGUUUCUACGACCCUUGUGUAGGCGAAGAGAAGAGCCUAAAAUUACUCUACCAAUUCAGGGGUGUCUUGCACCAAGUCAUCUCUGCAGACACAGAGUCGCUACGGAUACCCAAGCAAUCUCACAGAAUUGAGUCCGAGUCCUAGAGGGCAGCGCUGUUGGAGUACGGCGAGGCAAACGGACUGUGUGUGAACAGAAGAACCCAAGAAUGGAGGCGGUCACAUCGAAAAUAAGCUGGCCUCUCUCCUCUGGCCUUCUUCUGUUGUGACGUUAGCAAAUCCGAUAGUUCCUCCACUCCUCGUGUUUUCCUGUGGGCCAGCAGAAUUCAGUCAGCACUGACAAGAUGUUGCCCUUUGUGUCCCCACACCUGAGAGAGCUGCUCAAAUACCUGCCUUCUGCAGGGGAGAAGACCCUACAACCCUACAGACCUACAACAUAGAUUUAUAUAUGCACUACACAAGAGGGCCUGAUACUCCCUCAGUGAUGAGCUAAAAGUGGGGGCUCUACUUUACCCCAUAUCAUUGUAGUCUUUGUCCUAUAUGUGUAUCACAUUGAUAGUUUUGAUCUAAUAUUGGUAUGGCAUAGUCAUUGCAAUAAUUCAUGUAAAUGUUUCUGGUCGCAGAUCACGUCUCACUAACCCCGAGGCUAGCUACGACUGAGGAAUGACUAAACUCGUAUUUUUUUUUAAUUUCUCAUCAUCCGCUCAAAGAAAUCAUCCUAAUUUAUUUAUGAUUUUAGUGCCGCUAUCUGCUGCUCACUGCGGUGCCGGUCGGCAGGUGCUAACUGGUGCUCUGAACUUGUAUCUGUGAAGGCUGAGAUGUGGAAGAAAGGGGAGGGCUUGCUCGGGGAGGGAACGCGGCAGUUGCCCUUUAAUGGUAGAGUUCCAACUAAAGAGAGGGAGAGAAGCUCAAAUUCCACAUAUUGAUUUUUAAUAUCUAUUCUAGACUGCAAUUUAAAGGCAAAAAUUAAACUUGGAUUUGAUUUGCGUCAGUGUUUAUUGAUUGACUGUGAAGCUGCAGCCAAAACAGAAUUUUCUAUAAGGACUUUAAAUACAGUGAAGGUUAUAGUUUGUACUUCUCUGAUGUAUAUCUGGAACAAAUCCAGUGGUAGCAGCAAAAUACUGACAUGGAUUUGAAACAUUUGAACUUGGAUUAUUUUGUAAUUGGUUGGAUGCAAAUUGGAGAAGAUCAGCACUUUUGCCACAUGUAGCUCAUUUGCUGCUGAUGUAAUUCAUUGAGCUUAACACGUUGGCUAUGAAAUCAAGCCCAGCUGCAGUAACAGAUCAGAUGAUUCCCCCUUUACACUCCACAAUUGCCAUAUCUGUAAUAGGGCUGUGCAUAUGCAAGCCACUUUACAACCCACCUCUACCUUUCAUGGUUUGUAUUGAUCUGAAUUGAUCAUUCUUAUUCACUAUAUUGCCAAAAGUAUUCGCUUGUCUGGCUUCACACACUUUUGAAAAACCCGUUUUUAAUCCACAGAGUUUAAUAUGAUGUUGGUCCACCCUUUGCAGCUAUAACCGCUUCAACUCUUCUGGGAAGGCUUUCCACAAGGUUUAAGAGUGUGUUUAUGGGAAUUUGUACAUUUGUGAGG